CCCCGCCCGGGAUCCCGGGAGCUGUCCGGCCGCCUCGGUGCUGAUCCCGUCGCCGCCCACGGGCCGCGAGCAGCGUCCAGAGGGCACUAUGAGCGGGGGCGUCUACGGCGGAGAUGAAGUGGGGGCGCUGGUCUUUGACAUUGGCUCCUUCUCGGUCCGCGCUGGGUACGCUGGGGAGGACUGUCCCAAGGCAGACUUCCCCACCACAGUGGGGCUGCUGGCCGCAGAGGAGGGAGGCGGGCUGGAGCUGGAGGGGGAGAAAGAGAAGAAAGGGAAGAUCUUCCACAUUGACACCAACGCCCUGCACGUGCCCCGGGAUGGAGCAGAGGUCAUGUCCCCCCUCAAGAAUGGCAUGAUCGAGGACUGGGAGUGCUUCCGAGCUAUCCUGGACCACACCUACAGCAAACAUGUCAAGUCCGAGCCGAACCUGCACCCGGUGCUCAUGUCUGAGGCCCCGUGGAACACACGGGCCAAGCGGGAGAAGCUGACGGAGCUGAUGUUCGAACAAUACAACAUCCCCGCUUUCUUCUUAUGCAAGACAGCCGUGCUCACUGCCUUUGCAAACGGACGCUCCACAGGCCUCGUGCUGGACAGUGGGGCCACCCACACCACGGCCAUCCCAGUACACGAUGGCUAUGUCCUCCAGCAAGGCAUCGUGAAAUCACCCUUGGCAGGGGACUUCAUCUCCAUGCAGUGCCGGGAGCUCUUCCAGGAAAUGGCUAUUGACAUCAUCCCCCCUUACAUGAUCGCAGCCAAGGAGCCCGUACGGGAGGGCGCACCCCCAAACUGGAAGAAGAAGGAGAAGCUACCCCAAGUCUCCAAGUCCUGGCAUAACUACAUGUGCAAUGAGGUGAUCCAGGACUUCCAGGCCUCGGUGCUACAGGUCUCGGACUCCCCCUAUGAUGAACAGGUGGCCGCGCAAAUGCCCACAGUGCACUAUGAGAUGCCCAACGGCUACAACACAGACUAUGGCGCUGAGCGACUCCGUAUCCCCGAGGGCCUGUUUGAUCCCUCCAACGUCAAGGGCCUGUCAGGGAACACCAUGUUAGGCGUGGGCCACGUGGUGACCACCAGCAUCGGCAUGUGUGACAUCGACAUUCGCCCGGGCCUGUAUGGUAGUGUCAUUGUCACCGGUGGGAAUACACUGCUGCAGGGCUUCACAGACAGGCUCAACCGAGAGCUUUCCCAGAAGACCCCACCGAGCAUGCGGCUGAAGCUCAUCGCCAGCAACAGCACCAUGGAGCGCAAGUUCAGCCCGUGGAUUGGGGGCUCCAUCUUGGCCUCACUGGGCACUUUCCAGCAGAUGUGGAUCUCCAAGCAGGAGUACGAGGAGGGCGGGAAGCAGUGCGUGGAGCGGAAGUGCCCUUGAGGGCGGCCUCUUCUCACGCGCGUGCACCUGCAGCGCAGCGCUGGGACCUGGGGUCGGAGAGGGCUGUUUCCGGGCCAGGACGCCAAGAGCGCAGAUCUAAGCUCCUCGACCCCGCUGCUCACACCGCCCCGUUCUUUCCUUCUUGUCCUCUUUAGAUUGUGAUGUUCCUGAGUUGAAAGAAGUAAAGAUGUUU